AUGAGGAUAAUCGAGAAGGAUGGAACAGGGAAGAUUUUUGCGGUGCAAAUGAAUGGUCUACGCCAGCAUGAUCGGUCGACUGUUGCUUCAGGUUUAUCGCAGCAGGUCGCCGCUCGGGAGAGCGUAUGGUUCUUCAAUUCAUGGGUCAAUAUCAUGUACAACGUCUUUCUACCCGUUGGAUAUCCGGAAACGGUCUCUCCGGACUAUAUGAGAUAUUCAAUUCUGAACGCACUGCAAACUUUUUGUAGCUCUUUAGCUGGGAUGCUCUCUUCCAGAGCUACGUUGGAAGGGUAUGGGGUCGGAAACGCAUCUGCCUCCGCCACCGAUGCUCUGCUUCUGUCAGUCCUUCAAGAUAUUAUUGGUCGAUUGACUACGAUCCUCGCUGCAUAUUAUUAUGGAUCCUCUCUCAUGCCCGAGGCUAAGACAUAUCGCUUUCUAGCCGAUAUACUAAUUGAUCUUGCUAUUGCCUUGGACACACUUUCCCCUGUUUUAGCUUCCUUCCCCGCAUUCCUAAUGCUUGCAAGAAUUAUACCUAUUCCAUUUCGUGUCUAUACCCUCUGUCUAAGCUCAUCUCUACGGGCAUUGUGCGGAAUCGCGGCCGGGGGCUCGAAAACUGCAAUUACGAUACACUUUGCGACGCCUGUUGAGGGAGCAGGCGAUCUCGGUGAUCUUAGCGCCAAAGAUUCGAGCAAAGAAACUGUAUUGGGACUUUUUGGGAUGUUACUCGGGACAUUCAUAGUACCCUAUCUUACAACACCCUUCUCAACUUAUUUUGCCUUGUGUCUCCUCGUUUUCCUCCACCUGUGCAUCAAUUUCUUCGCGGUAAGAGGCGUGGCAUUACGCACUCUAAAUCGUCAACGCGCCUCUAUCGCAUGGUCUAUCUACCAGGGACCAAUUGAAACGAAUUCAGGUGCAACGAAUCAUGAUGCACCGAGCCCGGUAGACGUUGCUCGAAUGGAGAGGAUAUUCCAUCGACCAAAUAUCAUACGCGACAUUACUGGAGAGGUUCUCGGACGCUGUACCGUAGGAUGUUCGCUAGGUUCCGGUGGCGUCAUUCCCCGGACUAUUUUUGACCUUUUCGAGGAUGACAAAUACGUGUUGUGGUUCCAUCCAUCGUGUCUUUCAUCUACGACUACCCCAGAUUCGUCUGAAACCGUUGUGUUCGGCAAACCCCACCUACUUGUCUUCUUAAAGGACGGACAUAGACCGUCUGAUCAGUUGAAAGCUUGGCUGCAUGCUGUCGAGGUCGUUCGACUUGCCAAGCAGGAGUUAGUUCACAUUCGACGUCAAAGUUUGCACAACAGCAACCUCCAGAUGCCCGCGGAUGUAGACAUGACUGCGCUGCAACCCGGGGCAUUGAUUGUUGCCUCGUACCUUUCGAUUCAGCGCGACUUUGACCCCUUUGUGGGGAGUAUGCUCCACGCGCGCUGGAUGGGCUCAAGGAUUGAUAGUAAUCACAACCAGCAAUUGGAUGUUGCCCUAUUGACUGGCCCAGUGACUGUGAUUCUUGACGUACAGAUGGAGGAUAGGCGGGAGUCGGAGGAGCUGAAAAAGGAUAAGUAG